UGGGUUGCAGUUCGACGGUGCUGGAGUCUUACUCUUGCAAACAGUUGAUGUUCCUGAGCUUGUUGGUGUUCUUCUUCUGGAGCGUGUAACGCGAUAGCGCGUCUUGAAAGGUUUGGACCACGACGUAGGACGUUAAGGUUGAGUAGCAUUCCGCGUCGUGAAAGCCCGUUGCAUGAGUUUUGUUUGCGUCUCCGGGUCCGAAAGUUACCCAAGAAAAACAGUGCGUGAGUUAGUUAGCAGAACAUGCUCUCCGUGUCAGACACACUUCGUUCGGCGUUGGUUGUGUUUGCGCUACCGAGAUCCCCGCGUUCUUGUUCUGCUUCGCAGCAGGACCGGGGUUCCGUGAAGCCGCGCGUCAGACCGACCUGGAACGUGGAAAGAGUACGGGCGGCGACGAUUUUCUGUGAAGAGAAGCGCGACGCUGGUUUUGGUGGUCUCUAUCUUCGUAAAGAGGAUGGAAAAAAAUUUGGAAGCCACCAACUCCGAUCCAUAAAUCCCACAGCGCAGGACGGAGUCUCAUCAGCCUGCAGUUCCUCGACGGCAGCGGGUAAUAAAUUUUGCAGAACUAACGAUAAUGUGGCUAGUGCGGCUGCCGCAGACGGUGCUCCGGAGGACGGGCUCUGUUACGACCCGGACUUCCAGUCUGCCGACGAUUUCAUUCACAGCGGCCACGUUGUUGUUUUCCUGAAAGGCACGCUGGAAAAGCCGCAGUGUCACUUCAGUGCGCAAUUCGUGAAAAUUUUGAAGCAGGUCUCACCCGGUCUUUCGACGCAGCACAAGGGCACUAAAACGAACAAAAGUGAUUCCGUAGCCGAUGACUUUGAACUACUGCACAGAGAAGGAGUUCCCACGACGGUAUACAAUAUCCUCCUUCCUGACCUUCAGUGGCUUCGGUCGGAGUUGAAGACACGGGAGGACGGCUGGCCGACGUUUCCGGUCCUGUUUGUUGACGGGUUUUGUGUCGGUGGGCUGGACGUGGUAAAGGACUUGGCUCGUUCAAACAGGCUAGAGGCAAUUUUGAAAGAUUCGACCGCGUUGCAAAUGUUUCUGGAAGAGAGAGAAUUGAAAAAGGCUUUGGAGAUCAUGUAGUUGUGAAAAAUGCGAGAGGAAAGAACUGAGUAGAAACUCGAGCUCGUCGUGGCAAUGGAAUAGGACUGAUGUAUGAGAAUGAAGUUGUAGUGUGGAAUCGAAAGACAGUGACAAGCUUUAU